AUGAACGACGCAGGCGCCGACGAGGCCAUUAAAGAUCUGGCUGAGUCCCACGCAAGAGAACCCGACCUCAACCGAUUCCUUUCUCCCACAUAUAAUCACAACAACAAGCGGUCCUCACGUCCUAACAGUGAGACGAGUUCUGUUAAUAGUGUUCCGACACAGAGUUCUCAGAAGGACAAUGUAGGAAUAGGACCGUCAAGGCCGCCACAUAGGACGUCUUGUUUUUGGGAGAGAUUUAGUCAUGAUUCGAGAGAAGACGAGGAAGAGGAAGUUGAAAAUGUGAGGAGAAGUAGGAGUGGGGAUGCUGGGCUGGAGACAAGGGGUCCUGACACUAGAAAUGGAAGUACAAAUUCUAGCUCACCGAUGAGGGAAGUUGAAGGAGAUUUGGCGGGGCCAAAUGUGGGUGGGGAUGAGGAAGAGAAUAUUAGAGAGCUUCAAGAGAUGGAGAGAAAGGGAGAAGAAGAUGAGCAACUACCCGGGGUGUACUUUUUUCUAAGCACGGCGUUCCCUUUAAUCUCAGCAACAUUAGGACCUAUAGCGAAUGUAACGUCAAUCUGUGCCUUAGCCGUGCCCUGGAGAGUUUAUAUUCCUCCAAACUCGUUCUCCCCGCUUGACGACAGUUAUAAAAUCUCGGACCCUACUUGGUCGUUAGCCCUAAACGCUGUGUCCCUUGCCUGCGGGUUUGCAGCAAACAUAAUACUCCUCCUAAACUUGUCCAGGCGCAUACGAUCCGCACAUCUCCAACCUAUCACAAUCACCCUCUGGUACUUAGCUUCAUUUUUACUUAUCGCCCUCCUAGCCUGUUACCGCCAAUAUUUGUAUUCCGUCCCUCGAGAAAAUCACACUUGGAGCCAAGCAUUCUAUUAUGGCAUCAUCGCCGCAUCACUAUACUUCCUUAUUGCGACACUUCUAGUCGGGAAUUAUAUUGGCGUAUUAACUGGGAAAUAUGCGAAACAGUUCACCUUGACGAUAGCGCAGCGCACGUUAAUGUUACAAACUAUGAGCCUGAUGGGGUGGUUAUGCCUCGGCGCUGGUGUUUUUGCAAAACUUGAGGGAUGGGCGUAUCUCGACGGAAUUUACUUUUGUGAUACGACGUUUUUGGUCAUAGGGCUGGGGGAUUAUACGCUUACCACGAAAGCCGGACGAGCUCUGUUAUUCCCGUAUGCUACGAUUGGGAUUGUAACUGUUGGUUUGAUCGUUAGUAGUAUUCGAGGGUUGGUUUUAGAACGAGGGAAGAGGAAAGUGAGAAGAAGGCUUUUAGAAAAGCAGAGAGAAGUCAUUGUUGACGGUGGGGAGCACGGUGUGGUGGAUAGAGCUGAAAGCCAGAAAGAAAGGUUCGAGCUUAUGAGAAAAGUGCAGGAUAGGGCGGACAGAAAGAGGAAGUGGAUGAGCUUGUGUACGUCUGUAACGUUCUUCUUGGUAUUUUGGCUUGGUGGGGCGUUUGUGUUUAUGGAAGCAGAGAAAGACCAGAAAUGGACAUACUUUCAAUCACUAUACUUCUGCUACACCACAAUUCUGACAAUUGGAUAUGGCGAUUUUACCCCGACGUCGAACUCUGCAAAACCAUUCUUCGUCAUAUGGACUCUUCUCGCAGUUCCAAUGAUGACUAUACUCGUCUCUAACCUCGGCGAUACCAUCAUCGUUAUUAUCAAGAAUGUGACCUUAUGGCUAGGCGAAUGGACAAUCUUACCCGAAGAAAAGCUGCCCGAUCUGGGUGGCCGGAAUCGAUGGCUCAAGACAGAAACGCAGAGGCGACGACAACGGAGGAUACAAGGGUCAGAGAAAUUUCAACAAGCACAAAGAGAGCGGGAAGAACAGAGACACCGAGAAUUAAGAGAUGACGACGAGGAGGACAUUGAAGAAAAGAGGGCAUUGGAACGGAUAGGGACCGGGCUGAUCAACCGAGAGGGAAAGGAGCGUGAUACUGGGAGUGGGGAAGAGCGGAAUAAAAGGUUAUUCCAUGAUCUGGCCUUUUCGAUCCAGAAACUUAUGCCAGACCUUGCCAGCAAUUCGCCCAAACAAUAUGGUUACGAAGAAUGGUCUAGCUACCUGAAACUCAUUAAUAUGCAAGACCCGAGGUCGAGGAUCCAACCGGCACCAAGAGUUGGCGAGGCGGGAGUUGAAAGACACCCAAAAGAUGACUGGCUGGGGGAAAAUAGUCCGUUGAUGAGUAGACAAAGUGAAACAGAAUGGCUGCUCACAAGACUAUGCAGCCGGUUAGAAGCGUGCUUAAGAGAAGAGAGGGACAAUGAAAAGAAGAAGAGGAAAGGGAAAGCCAGAAUUGAAGGCCUUGAUAUCGGCGGGGAUUCAGCCGAAAUAUUUAAAUCUACCUAA